AUGUGCUCAUCCAUCACGAUCGGCAAGACUCCACUAUCAAAGUGGCACGGCUGCGCACCCCCAAACCCCCCGCUGCCACAGGCGGCUCUCGGCGGCGGAGCGUGCGGUGAUGGCAAGUACUAUAAGGACUGGUCCCUAUACCAUGCCACAUUUCAAUUGGCUUUCUUGGGGGGGCUGCGCCCCCCCAGACCCCCCGCCGUGCGCGCAGCAGUGGUGGCUGGUGCGGCGCUGAAGGAGCUUGGCCAGGAAAGGCACGCGCUGCGCACUGCGCAUGGGUCCCCCUAA